AGAGGCGGUAUCUGGUGUCAGGGUGUGUUAUGUGUUAUAUGUUCUCCCUCCUCAGGAUCCUUACUCGGCUGUUGGAGGUAUCUGAUGACCCUCAGGUUAUUGCUGUAGCUGCUCAUGAUGUUGGAGAAUAUGUCAGACACUACCCUCGGGGGAAACGGGUGAUAGAGCAGCUUGGAGGUAAACAGCUGGUGAUGAACCACAUGCACCAUGACGAUCAGCUGGUCCGCUACAACGCCCUGCUGGCCGUGCAGAAACUCAUGGUCCACAACUGGUAC